UGCACACAGGCUCUCACAGGUGCACACACACAUGCUUGCAUACUCACAUGCAUUCACAGGUGCACACAGGCUCUCACACGUGCACACACACAUGCUUGCAUACACACACAUGCAUUCCCAGGUGUACACAGGCUCUCACAGGUGCACACACACAUGCAUUCACAGGUGCACACAGGCUCUCACAGGUGCACACACACAUGCUUGCAUACUCACAUGCAUUCACAGGUGCACACAGGCUCUCAUACGUGCACACACACAUGCUUGCAUACACACACAUGCAUUCACAGGUGCACACAGGCUCUCACACGUGCACACACAUGCAUUCACAGGUGCACACACACAUGCUUGCAUACAUACACAUGCAUUCACAGGUGCACACACACAUGCUUGCAUACAUACACAUGCAUUCACAGGUGCACACACACAUGCUUGCAUACACACACACAUGCAUUCACAGGUGCACACACACAUGCUUGCAUACUCACACACAUGCAUUCACAGGUGCACACAGGCUCUCACAUGUGCACACACACAUGCUUGCAUACACACACACGUAUUCACAGGUGCACACAGGCUCUCACAUGUGCACACACACAUGCUCGCAUACACACACAUGCAUUCACAGGUGCACACACAUGCUAGCAUACACACACAUGCAUUCACAGGUGCACACAGGCUCUCACACGUGCACACACACAUGCUUGCAUACACACACAUGCAUUCACAGGUGCACACAAGCUCUCACAGGUGCACACACACAUGCUUGCAUACACACACACAUGCAUUCACAGGUGCACACAGGCUCGCACACGUGCACACACAUGCUUGCAUACACACACACAGGCUCUCACAGGUGCACACACACGCUUGCAUACUCACACACAGGCUCUCACAGGUGCACACACACAUGCUUGCAUACACACACAUGCAUUCACAGGUGCACACAGGCUCUCACAGGUGCACACACAUGCUUGCAUACAUGCACACACAUGCUCUCACAGGUGCACAUGUGCACACACAAGGACUCAGGCAUGUAUACAUACAUGUACUCACAUGCACGCGCACACAGGCUCACAAACACACAUGCACUGCCUCAGGGGCCCUGGCCUGCCUUCCUGUGCCCACUUGAGGUUGCCCAACCCCCUCUGCAGCCUAGACCAAGUCCCUACCCACCUGUGGUAGACAUGGGCUCAUCUGGAGCAGUGGGGGCCUAUCUCACCCCACAGGGUACCUGGCACCUGGGAGAGGGGAGAGGAUGGGGGCUGGUUAUGACCAAAGGUUAUACCCCUCAGUGUGCCCCCAAUGUUGGGUUGGUAGGUCGGGGCUGGGCCUGGGGCAGGUGGUCCUAGGGGUGGCCCAGGUGAGGUCCCUAACCCUAAAGGUGAUGCCUGGGGCCACAGACCUCCUAUCACCACCACCCCCCACCCACCGCCCCCAUUGCUAGCAUCUGGGUGAGCCCAGCCCCCCUUGGGUAGGGCGGGGCUUCUUUGUGAGCAAG